AACUUGCGGAUAGCUCGUCGUCUCAAGGCUCAGUCAAGCUACAACACACUAUCAGCAAGCUUCAAUCGCUCUUUUCCUCCUGCUGCGCGUGCUUGGGUAGCCAGACGGGAUCAGCCAGCACAACUCACCAAGAGGAUCAAGUCAGCGAACCCGGCAGCGACAAUGUUCGCCCAAAUUCAGAAGGCUCGCGACGAUUUAUGGAACUGGCUCUUUAACGAUCCACGCAAGGACCCGGAGAUGCCGCCACAUAUCACUAUUCUGAACAGUAUAAGCGAGGGUACAUUCGGUGAUGUAUGGAAGGCGAACUUCCGGACUGCGCGGAAUGAAGACGUGACUGUAGCGAUUAAGGUUCCCAGCAAAAAGGUGCGUGACCGUCCCGAAGUUAUGCGCUCCUUUGCGCAGGAGAGCACCACGCACAGAAAUCUCUAUCACAAGAACAUCAUCCGCGUGUACACCACUGGCACCUACAAGCAUCUACCGUACAUAGUCAUGGAAUUGGCAAGUAACAAAAGUCUUGAUUGCUACGCAAGAUCCGUAUCGCACUUAGCUGCCUAUAGCGAUGGUACAAAGCUGUGUAGGAUGUGUGCAGGUGUCGCUGCAGGUAUGGAGUAUCUAGAGUCUCUCAGAAUGCUUCAUCGCGACUUAGCAGCCAAGAAUAUCCUCGUUACAUCCGACCAUACAUGCAAAAUCGCCGACUUCGGCUUUUCGAGGAAGAUGCAGAAGCAUUAUGUCCAGGGACCUCGCUCUUGGACCAGCGAGUAUAUGUACUUCGCGUCCAAUCCAAACAUGCUUUUGCCUAUCCGUUGGACUGCGCCCGAGGUUUUCACCGGUCUAGCUACAAUCAAAUCGGAUGUCUGGAGUUUCGGUGUGGUUCUUUGGGAAGUCAUGUCAUUCGGCAAGAUUCCCUUCGGCGAAUUAAAUCUCUCCGACCCGACUAAUUUCUUGAAAACACUCGACCGGGGAGGUCGUCUCCGGCAGACUGCUCGAUGCCGUGAUGAUGUGUAUCGCUUAAUGUGCGCCACUUGGGAACAGAAGCCUUCGGAUCGACCCAGCUUCAGUGUAAUCCGCACUCAUCUUGAAGCCAUGGCUCGUACCAGAGACGGAACUGUGGCUGGACGAGUAGCAGCUCCAGUUGCCGUCCGGCCCACUGCGGUUAGCGGGGCUCGUCGACGUUUUCCCGCUGCAAGUGGACGCGGAGGGGGGCAGCCGAGAGUCUCCAUUGUCUACGUAUCACACCUAGACUGGAGAGGUGCAUACUGUGCAGGAGGUAGGGGUUUGAAAAUCACAACAGAAUACACACGUCACACAGCUAAAACCGCCAAGGCUAGAUUUUGUGGCCUACACAAUAGCAAGCGCUCAGCGAGGACCCUCCAACAGCCUUCAGACGACCAGCCACCACACGACUCCCUCUUUCUCUAUUGUCAAUCCAGGAAGACAGGAUCAACUCUCGCUAACAACGAUAGAAUGUUUCAAGGACAGCCGCCACCCAAACCUAGGGUUCCUUCGUCCAUUACCCUGCAAAGGAAGCUUGGCAGUGGUAGUUUCGGCGAUGUCUGGAAAGCAUCUUGGAAAUCCCCGGCAUUCGGUACGAAGACUGUAGCAGUCAAGGUCCCCAACCGGUUUGUGCGAACUCACCCCGAACUCCUGCUCUCGUUUAUGCACGAAAGUAGCAUUGCCAAGGGACUCAAUCAUAAGAACGUUGUCAGUGUGUAUGAGGUGGGUACCUUAGCACGUCCCUGCAUUAUAAUGGAACUGGCAGCAUUCGGUAGCCUGAACUUGUACGUGAGACGAUUCGAAAGAUCACUUGCGCAUCGCGACGGUAGCAAACUGUGCAAGAUGUGCGCUAGUGCUGCUGCGGGCAUGGAAUAUCUAGAGUCUCGCAGACUGCUUCAUCGCGAUCUAGCCGGUAGAAAUAUCCUCGUUGCCUCAGACGAGACCUGCAAGAUCACUGACUUUGGCCUGACGAAGAAGAUGUUGAAACACAUGUAUCCCACAUCCAGCUCGCUCAGCUCUGCGACCAGCGAGUAUAUGUACAUCGCGUCCAAUCCAAACAUGCCUUUGCCAAUCCGUUGGGCGGCGCCGGAGGUGUUUAGUGGACAAGCCACUAUCAAGUCCGACGUAUGGAGCUUCGGCGUGGUUCUCUGGGAAGUGAUGUCGUUCGGUAAAAUACCUUACAUUGAACACCCCUCUGCCAAUAAUCCCAUACUCCAUAAUGACUUUCUCCACCGGGGCGAGCGGCUGCAAAGGCCCGGACAUUGCCGCCUCGAUAUCUAUCGGCUGAUGCGCGAGACCUGGGCAUUGAAACCAUCGGAUCGACCCAGCUUCAGUUCGAUUCGCACACGCCUUGAAGCAUUGGCACGAAGUGGCGACAGUGGAGGGGCUGGAGUCGUGAGACCGCAGGCGGCACCAGCAGCAGCAGCACGAAGGGCUACGCCAAGACCACCAACAGUGCGUCGUGCUGCUGAUGGUCUUCUUGGCGGCAGGGCUCCGGCUAGAGGAGCAGCCUGGGGCACGUUCUGAGUCGGUAGCACUUCCGCCGCGGACUGUCGCACUUGAGACGGGCCUGCUGUAUAGCCAAAUCACCUGCGGCCAAUGCCGGUAUCCAGUCCGCAGGCACGGUAGCGUGUUCCGCUCCCUACAAAAAAAAACUGUACAUCGUGCAUCAGCCAUCUGUCUCACGUACGGCAACCGACGAACAGUAUCAGUGCUGUUGUUCUCGAUACGAGCUAUUCCACCCUCUAGUUGUUGAUUAGCCUUUUGCUUUUGAUGUUUUUCUUCAACCUUCUUGUACUGCUAAAGCAACAGAGGUAUUUUAAUACUGUAGAGAAUCAGGGUUGCUGCCAUCCUGGACCAUUGGACCACGAACUUUCUGACUGAACACUGCACUCGAAAUUGAUUUGUGUACAUGACUAUCCGAAUCCCUUCCUACUAAUCUAAGACUGGGAAAUAUUUCAUACAGUAAGAUUUUCGUGACAGUGUUUACGUGUGCUAUCCCGAUUGUCUAGUGCUUCAAAGAUCCUUGUGUUUCCUUGAAUUUCAUUAUGGCAAUUCCUUACGAUUUUUUCAAAUUUGCGAUUUCCAUGGAUUCGUGUUUUUAACAGAUCGAUCCAACACUGCACACACUCUGAUUGAAAUACUACAUUGCAACUACUUCGAAGCACAUGUAACUACCUAGAUAAACCUUGUUUUAGUUCACACAAUAAUCAUAAUGUCAUGUUGUUGGUUUGACAGCAUGAAACAAGGUAGAGGACACCGUGUUCGGAAACAGUACAACCAUCCACGGUUGGUAGAGCCCCGUCUGGUGAGAUCAUCUGAACCGAUUAAUUAAAGCCUAGAAUAAAGAGGGUCAGAACCGGGUUUAACAUACGGUUCAGAUGGUCUCAACAGACUGGGGCUCUACCAACCGUGGAUGGUUGUAGAAAGG